UCUUCGGCCUUCUGCUGAUUUUGCUGAUAAGCAUGGGCCGCCGCAGGGUGGACGCACAGCAAGCCCAGAAGGCUUGUGAAGCCGUGAGAGGUGGCAUGUCCGUUAGGAAGGCUGCUAAGGUCUAUGAUAUUGAUCGGCUUUCGCUCAAACGGCGCCUCGAUGGAGAGGUGGCCAUGGAUGCAAAAGUAGGUCCUGGGACUGUCAUGAGUGAGGAGGAGGAAAAUUCGAUUGAAGAUUGUCUGCUGUACGCUGGUCGUAACUGCCUAGCUGUGAGUCGGCUCCACCUGCUGGAAACCGUAAGACUGCUCUGCCUGGACCGCAAGACCCCGUGGGAUCCAGAGAAGGGCCCGGGGAAGGAUUGGCUAGCUGGCUUCCUCGAAAGGCACCCGCGGGUUAGGGAGCGCACCACUCGCAUCUACGAGGCCAACAGAGUCACCGAUGAGAGCGAACCUCGCAUCGUAGAGUUCUACAGGAAGUGGGCAGCUCUCCUCGAGGACCUCAAGCCGGAGGCCGACCACGUGCACAACACGGAUGAGACAGGUACCACUCCGCAAGGCAACAAGACCAUGAAGGCCUACUGUCAGGCAGGGCAGAAGGUGGUCGAGUCGGUUCGGGCCAACUCGCGAGAGAACACCACCUUGGUCACCACCAUCAGCGCUGAUGGCUCCACGUGGGCGCCGACUAUCAUCUUCAAAGGGCAGCGACUCCAGCCUGACUGGUUUGCGGAGAAGAACGGGCCGCCGGACGCGAGGUACACUUGUACGGAUUCUUCGUUCAUGCAGGGUAACGUGUUCAUCAAGUACCUUAAAGACUUCCACCAGCAGCUUUGCAAACGAGGCUUGAUCGACGGAAAGCCGCACAUCCUCCUGCUUGAUGGACACGCAUCGCACGUGAGCGUCGAGGUCAUCCAACUGGCCAUGGAACUCAACAUCGUCCUCUUUCAGCUGCCGUCCCACACGUCGCACAUCACCCAGCCCUUGGACGUCGUCGCCUUCGGAGCCUUCAAGAGGGAGGUGACUAAGGUGCUGUCAGACUACUACCGCGUGUCCGGCGGGUUGCUUCCACAGAAGCGUGACGUCCCCGGCGUUAUCGCGGCGGCUUGGGGGGCGACUUUCACAUCGGAGCGAAAUAGAUCAUCCUUCGCCGGGGCGGGCCUGUGGCCUGUGAACAUGGAGCGAGCGAUGAGCCGGCUUCGGGGCACAGCAAAGAGGAACGAGAACCAGACCGGGCGCCCUCCCCUAAAAGACGUCCCCAUCGCUGUAGGCAACGAGCAGCUCGAGCAGGACAUCGGAGAGAGGGGCAUGAGGCAGCUGAAGGCGGCUGGACAUCUAACCACGGGACUCAGGGUGAGCACGGUGAUGCUCGGCAGCGUCAUCCGUCAGAGGAAGCGCGCCAAGAAAAUGGCGACCUCGCGGGGCUCUUUGGGCCUUCCCGACGGCGGCAACAUCACCGCGGAAGACUUCCUGGCAAAGGUUGCCGAGAAGGAGCGCGCAGACAAGGAGGAGAGUGACGCAAAAGCGGAGAGGGCCAGGGAGCGCGAAAGGAAGAGGGCAGAGAGGGCGGCGGCGGAGCUGGCACGGCAGGCGAACACGGGCGGUCGAGGACGCGGGCGAGGGCGGCAGGGAGGAGGGAGGGGGGGCGAGCGGGGCGGGGGAACGGGGGCGGGGACGGGAGGGCGCAAUGUCAAUGCCGGGCAGGGAGCAGGGCGAGGGGGGCGAGGAGAGCCAGCGGGGCGAGGGGGGCGAGGGGGGCGCGGCGGGCGAGGGGAGCCAGAGGGGCGAGGGGGGCGAGGGGGGCGCGGGAGAGGGGGGGGGCGUGAGGCGAGCGGACAAGGGAGGGGCCGCGGGGCCGCGGCGGGUGGACGCGGCCGAGGAGGGGGUGGAAGAGGGGCCUCACCUGGCCGGGGACGAGGAGUGGCUGGAGCAGAAGAAACGGCUUUGCCCGAACGCCAACCGGCACCCUCCGUGUCCCGGGUUGGACGACAACGGACGCCGACACCCAUUGUUGACGUGUAGCCGCAUCAUGCUCCAAACUUCUGCAAUUUUUACGUGGAGUCGAUGCGUACCCUAUUGCACAAUGUUUGUUGCCGGUAAGGUAGUCAACGGUGGCUUCGAGCGUGCCAGUACCGUGGGGGGAGGGGGUGGCGGAUUUUUCCCGAAACCCGGGGAUGUCGGGUUUCCGUCCCCCGGUGUUGUCCCCGGGUGUCUUCCAUUUUUUUUUUCGUUGCGCAUGAGUGUUUCUCAAUCAUAUUUGGACGUUCCCUCCAAAAGGCUGGUCGUGGAAAUAAAACGUUGGCUUGAUUUGUCGUUAUGAUCGGCGUGAAUUCUUGCCCUACCGGUAAGCCGAUUCGGCAAAAUGUACCCGUAUUAACCGUAGAGAACGUCGUGAGUUGUACUCCAAAUGACGUCAAAUUUCACGCGGAUUCGGCUUGCACGCCAUAAAAUGUGAUAUGUUGUUCGUAGACUUGCUACGGUGACAAGAGAGCGUGCCAGUACGGUUGGGGGGGACGGGGGGGGGGUCGGCGGCUGGUUUUGCCCGAAACCCGGGGAUAUCGUCAUUCCGUCCCCGGGUGGCCUCCAAACUUAUUUAUUUUUUUCGAUUAAUGCUUCUAACUCCUAUUUGGGUGUUCCCCCAAAAUUUCAUGUCCUGGGGGUGUAUGAAAAGCCCAGAACAGGCGAUACAGCAGUAGUCGGUGCACGGCGCUGAUUCGUAUCAUGGCGGCAAGCAAAACAACGAAAAUACUCCAGUAUACCAAUUAUUGAACAAGCAUUAUUUUUUGACCACAACUCCUUUCGGCAUAAUUUUUUUUUUCGAGGUCAGAAAAUGACAGGAUGAAGCCAACUAUGCUUCAAAACUGUUGUUUGGAUUCGUUUUUGACGGAUUAUCACGCCGUACAGGCAAACGGCGGCGGAAAACGGUCCCAAGCAUCUGCGCCGAAAACCCGGGGAUAUCUCGUAUUCAUCCCCGGGAGCCUUUAAAAAAAAAAAACGUCGUUUUUCUUUGUGUUCAUCGUAUUGGACGAUUGUGUGCAAAAUCUUGGCUCUUGAAACGCAUUUUAACCCGCGCAAUCAGCACCUCGUAAAAGUGGUUCUUAAUACCCUCCAACCGGAUUCUGUGGUACUUCCAACUUCAACUUAGGCAAAAUAGCUACAGCCUUAACUCGUUACCAAUAACGUUUUUUUUUUUUUUUUCUUUGACAGGUAGUUGAUCAUGUUAGCUAUCCUUCGGUACCUAGACAUCAUCCUAUCUCGUUAAACUGACCAAGAACGAGCUCUUGGCGCGGGGGGUGGCUUAAGUGGUUCUUAAUACCCGCCGCUACUC